UUUUGGGGAAAAAGUUGCCAAUACUGACAACGCUGGACAACGUAAUUGUGGUCAAAAUAAAACAGUAACAAAAACAAAGUAAAAAAAUAUAAAUAAACAAAGGCUACAACGUCAAAUCAAUUGUGAAAUACACAGAGAAGUGCAUAUCAUCCUGGGGGAACACUAAUUCGGAAAAUCAGCGUCGGAAAGCCAAGGAAAAAAUAAACCUUGAUGAACUGCUUUACUUGCCUUCGAAACUCGAAAUAAUCUUGGUGAUAAUAUUCCAUAAAGAUGUCCCAAAUAGAUAAUAUUAUCAUUCAAGUAAGGGCACGUCUACAAGCACUUGCCAUUAAAUUAUGGCUGGAGCCAUACUACUAUGAGGAAGUUGGUUGUGUGGAAGAUGAGAUAGAGAAAUUGGCUGAAAGCUUUAGCAACAAUUUGGGCAUAUCAAAAUCCAAUUGUAAACUGGCCUUAAGUGAACUGCAAGAAGGUGCCUUAAGGAAGCUGGCUGCCCGUAAAGAGUUUGAACAGACUGGUUUGGCCACAUUCAGUGUGCGACGCAUAAACAAUCGUCAGGGUACCCAAAACAUAGUUGAAGUAAAAUGUUCCCUGAAGGCAUUGGGUAGUGAGUUACAUGAAAAAAUAGCCCAGGCAUUGGAUGUGGUUGAUGCUAGUCGCAUAAAGUGUAUAUCAUCGGGUAAAAUUGUCAAUUCCGAGAUGACACUAGACUCGCAGGGUCUUAAGAACAAUCAACAGCUAAUGGUGAUUGUCAGUGAAAUUGAUCUGGCAUCAGCACAAAAUCAAGAGGAGGCCAUGUAUGAUCGUAUACGUAAAAUUAAAAUGGAUGUUGAGGCCAUUGUCGAUUCUAGUCAACAAUUGUUUGAGAUGGAAGAUCAAGAUGGCAAUCCCGUUUUUCUACCACCCGCCGAAAAUCGUGCCCUUCUGAUGGCCAUGAGUUAUUAUGAAAAAGCUCGAGCUGCCAUGAAACGUGAACACUAUGAUGAAGCUUUAAUUCUCCUAUUGGAAUCAGAUGAAAAAUUCAUAACGUGUAAUUCGAAAUUUUUGGAAGCAGUUGAUAAUUAUGCCUUAGUCAAUUUGGAUAUUGUUUGGUGUUAUUUGUGCCUAAAGAAUGUAACCCAGUUACCUCAUGCUCAACGUCGCCUUGAUAUAUGCGAGAAAAGUUUUCGCCGCUCCUAUGGCGAAAAUCUCCAACGUCUGAUAACCCUAAAGGGAAAUGGCUGUGCUGAAAAAGCGCUCAUAAUGCGUUUACAUUUGUUGCAAGGGGUUGUGCUGUUCCAUCAAAAUCGUCGCAACGAAGCCUAUGAAAAGUUAAUAGUUGCCGGUACUGAAUUGGAUGCACUUAAAGUGGAUGAUAGUUUGGUGGUGGCAUUAAUGGAAAUGGGUUAUGAACCCUAUGAAGCACGUUUGGGACUAAGAGCUUGUGGUGGAAAUCUAGAGCAAGCUAUUAAUUUUAUACAUGAACGUAAAGCCAAACUGAGAGAGGCAAGACAAAAUUCCAAAGAAGAACGAAAAUUGAAUGCGAAAUUGGCUAAUGAAAAUAAUGGCAAUGGCAAGGAUUGGGUGAAUCCACGCAGUGUUUGUACCCUCAUGGAAAUGGGCUAUGCAAGAGAUGUGGUCGUUGAGGCCUUGAAACGUAGUAAAAAUGAUGUUCCCAAGGCCUUGGAUUUAUUAAACACCAAUGCCGAUGAGUUAAGUCGUAGUCUUCCUCCACCACAAACAGCUGAUACAGAAAUUUUGACACAACUGCAACAAUUGGGUUUCAGCGAAGAAAUGGCCCGCGUUGCCUUGGAAACCACCCAAAAUAGUUUAGACAAGGCAAUUGAAUUUCUAAUCAAAACACAUGGCAGCGAAACGGAACUACUGUCAGCAAUGGAACGUAUUUCGACAAGUGCUGCUGCUGCCGCCUCUGCCAUUGUUGCCAACCAAGACAACGAAGGACCUUCUACAUCCUCUGGUGUCUCGUCGUUGGUAAGCAAAACCCUGGAAAAGGCUCAAAAAGAAAUGGAAUCCCUAAAGGCCUAUAAACGUUUCACCGAAGAAAUGCCUGACAAUGAACAUGACUACUUGGAUUUACCGCUCGUGCAAGAGGAACAAAUUCUUGCCGAAUACAAACGUCUGCUGGAACAAUAGCAGUGACCGCAAUACACAAAACACAAGCAAUAACAUAAAUUGUUAACAAAACAAAUAUUAUAAACUGUUGUUUAUAUUUCCUCUUUUUUAUUUUUUAAAAUGUUUUUCUUUAAUUGUUUUAUGGAUUUUAGAUGUUUGUUUUUUUUUUAUAAAAUUGUUUUUUAUUGAAUUUGGCCAUUUAUACUGUUAUAGAUAUAAAAUGUUUUUAUUUCUUUUUGUAAUAUUUUGAAAAAAAAAAUCUAUAUAUUUUUCUAAAUAAAUUUACAUAUCUUUAAAAAGA